AUGCCGACCUAGAGGACGUCGAAGCAAAUUAUUUUCGCCAAAAACCCGUCGGCAUACAAACACUGCUAAAAUGUACGCAGUUCACAAGGAGAGAACUGCAAAUAAUAUACCGAGGCUUCAAACAAGAUUGUCCUACGGGGCAGCUAACGGAAGACAUAUUCAAAGUAAUCUAUGGAAAGUUCUUUCCACAGGGCGAUGCCAGCAUGUACGCCCACUUUGUAUUUAGGACGUUCGACCACUGCAACAUGGGCAAACUUUCAUUUGAGCAAUUGGUUCGAUGCCUUUCAACUCUCAUCCAUGGCUCUACACACACGAAGCUCAUGUGGAUUUUCCAUCUGUACGAUAUCGACGGGGAUGGUGUCAUUACUAGGAGUGAAAUGCUCAAAGUCAUCCAUUCAAUUUAUGAUCUGCUAGGCAAACACACUGAUCCGCCAUACGACGAUAACACACUCAAGGAGCACAUGGAAAGCGUUUUUCAGAGGCUGGAUCUCAAUCAGGACGGAAUUCUUACGCCAGAUGAGUUUAUGCAGGCCUGCCAGAAUGACCCGAAUAUAUGUGAAGCUCUCGGCUGUCUGCAAACGCAAGGAAGACAGAAGGGAAUGGUAGGCAAAAAAGCAAGAAAAAAUGCUGUACGACAAAUGGGAAACGGAUCGGGUGCUGUUAACUUUGAUCAGGCGGCGGAAUUGGUGCAGUUUAUGACGUAA